ACACGUCAUUAGUAACCGUCGUUGUAUGUAGGAAGCUUGUCGUCUAAAACUUUUGAACAUGGCUUUGGAAAUUGUUGCGUGUGUUUUUAAGGUGUCUACAAAAAUUUAUGCUACCGUAGAUGAAGUACAGGCGAACAAAAAGAGGUGUUUACGACUUAGUGAGCGAAUACGAUGUCUGAUUGCUCCGCUGGAAGAACUGGUGAAGCAGACUGAGGGGGGUGGAGCCGUUUACAAAGAAGCUUUGAUCGAUUUGGUGCGGACACUUGAAGAAGCUCGGCAAUUUUUGAAAACAUUUAUAAAAGGAAAAUCUGUACUCCGUCGUGUACAAGACGUGUGUUAUGCAAAACGAGUAAAAGAAAAGUUCGAAUUUUUAAAUGAUCGUUUAAAUAGUUUGGUCCCAGCACUAACUUUUGGACUGCAAGUGGAAAGCAGGCGAUGUGUCCAGCAAACAUUUUCAGCUGAAGUUCGAAUGACCGAAGAUACUAAAGAUGAAUCAAAUGACAUGAAAGACAUACAACAUAUGCUUAAUUCACUAGGAAUGCCUUCUUUUCAGUACAUCCGUUCGUUUGAAUUAAGAGAAAGAAAACUUCUGAAAGAAUCGCUGUUAUACAACUUUUACACAGCGCAGUAUAGACUGGCACCUGUGGUUUUGAAAAAGCCAAGGUUUGAGAUCACCGCUGUCAGGCGAGAGCACUUUUUCAUUGACGCAAAAAACAUGCUGCAGUUCAACUCAGAAAAUGUCGUUCGCGUGUUUGGUGUGUGUGUCGAUUCAAGUCAAUCCUACAUGAUUGUGACCGAACUAAUGUCGCGUGGAAGUUUGAGACAAGUUCUAGAGUCUAAAGUUUAUAUUUCCGAUGAACUGCGUUUAAGAAUGUGUCUUGAAUCUGCACGAGGUUUAUACUUCGUGCAUUGCUGUGAAGUUCUUCAUCGAAACCUGACUUCCCACAAAUAUCUGGUCAACGAAGAAUUCCACGUAAAGAUAUCUGGAUUUGAGUUUUCGUCAACUGAAUCAUUUGGUCAGUUAAACACGGAGGUGAAGCAGUCAUGUUGUCAACCGCCCGAGCUAAAUGAAGGUGGAAAAUAUACAGAACGAUCCGACAUCUACAGUUAUGGAUUAAUUCUUUGUGAAAUACUUUCAAACGCCAAUAAAAGUAAAAAUAACGGAACCCAAGAAAACGCGUUGGACUGUAAUGAACAGCGACACCUUCCGGAAAAUUUAAAUGGACCAGAACCUGUAAUGCAACUCGCCAGAGAUAUGUUGAAUAAAGAUCAAGACCUACGACCCACCAUGGAAGAAACUGUACGAUUGCUGACAUCAUCACAUUAAGAAAUCAAAAACAACUAGACAUUCUGAAGCAUACAGGACAAUGCAUCAAACUUCAUGAAUUACGUUUUCACUGUGCUCUUAUUGUAAAUUAAAAAAAAUAUUUUCGUUUUAUAACAGCAGUACUGAGCGUACGCAUUUAAAAGUUUAAAACAAAUGAUGUAACUAUAUACAUAGUGUAUGGAUUUUAUUAUAAUAUUUCAAACCCAUCUCUGUUUAAACGUCACACCGAACCAUAAACAUGGUAAAAUCCGUUUUCAGAUGAAAACAUUGUUGUGAUGUAAAUUUACGCUGAACAGACAUGUUGUCACCACACCAUUCGCCGUGCAUACAGAAACGAACCAACACUUCCGAGUUUUUCUCACUCGCAUUCCACUUAUUUUACUGUGUUUAUCGUAUAUAAAAACGAUUCCGCA